UAUCAACAACCAGCUACCUACUAGCUACCUAGAAUACACCAUUCCUCUGAUCCAUCCCUAUAACCAUUCAAACAAACCAGAAAAAAAAAAGGAAGAAGAUAGAGUAGCCAUCAUGACCGCUACAGCUUAUCUGGAACGCUAUAAGCAAUUAAUCUCCAUAGAGAACUCCAAGAACAGCCUAAUUGAGGACCUUCUACAGCGUGUAACCGAACUAGAAGAUGCGUGGAAGCAAGAGAAGCUUGACCAUGAACGCGAGACCCGCUUUAAUCGUGAUAUCCAGAUCCAUGAGAUGGAGCUAAUGAACCAAAUCUCCAGAGUUAAAGCGGUGAUGGACCGCGAACCUUUUAUUGUUGUCCUCCUCGACGGCGCCGGUAUGAUAUUCAAAGACGAGUUUCUACAAAACGGCGAGCAGGGUGGUCGCAACGCAGCACAGCAUCUCCACACGGCGCUCCAAAGUUACGUGGUCAGCAGUUUCCCCCACAUCGACGCGCCGAAAAUAAUGGUCAAACUAUACGAUAAUAUGAAGGGACUGAGCGAACGUUGUGUCCGAGGAGGUGUCACUACUGAGCCUGCGCUGAUCGAGGAUUUUGGUCGCGGCUUCAAUAGUAGCUAUCCUUUGUUCGAAUUCGUGGAUAUCGGUCCGGGCAAGGAGAGCGCCCAUGAUAAGAUUGGCGAGGCUUUCAAGCUGUAUCUAUACAACUGCCACUGUCACCAAAUUUUCUUGGGCUGUAACUCCGACCCCGCAUAUGCAGAUAUUCUGGGAAAAACGUUAGAAGACAGAAGUCUCGCCGGGCGAGUGUCGUUGAUCGAAGGCCUCCCGUUCGAAGACGAGAUGAACUCCAUCAAGGCAUCUUACCGGGCCGCGAAAUUCCCUGAUCUCUUUAGAGACUCAAAGAUGAACGUGUGGGCUCCGUGGAAGGCAGCAGUAGCCAGCAAGCCGCGCGCUCCGCUCGCACCCUCACAUCACCACAACGUUCCAGCCCCGGCAGGGCCCUCCACCAAUACAUCUACAACACCUAGUAACGGGGUGCAACCCUCCCGGUCCUCCUCGACCGUCUCACAGACCUCGGGAGACUUCCAGGUAGUGCGUUCCAAAGCGUCAAUCUCCACGCAUCCCAAGAUCGUAGAGCGAAAUAAACACGGCCAACGAGUGGACCGUCUCGACUUCAAAACCCUCCCCCGGGACGAACUGAGCCGUAUGAAGAAACUGAAACUCUGCAACUUCUACCAUAUACAAGGCACCUGCCCGAAUGAUAAUUGUCCCCACGACCACGUCCGCAAAUUGACUAAAAGUGAACACUUCAUCCUCGUCGCCAUCGCUCGCAUGACCCCUUGUCGGUAUGGGCUCGAAUGCGACGACACGGAGUGCAUGUAUGGACAUCGCUGCCCGCAGAGCGAGCCCGGUCGAAAAGAAUGCUUCUGGGGCGAUAAUUGCCGGUUCGACAGAGCCGCGCAUGGUAUCGAUACUAAUAUCGUCAAGGUGACGAAGGUCUAGCUGGUUUGGUCCUUUCUAUCUUGGCUAUGACGACAAGGGUACGACCUCACUUAUUUGUUUCCUCUCUUUUCUUCCUAACGACACAUGACAUUAUUGCAAAUUAGUCACCUCCCGGAGCGGUCAUGAAGGCGAUUCCGGUCGUUGUUUUCCUUUCCCUUGUUCAAAUUCUGGGUUCUUUUGCGAGGGGAUUGGUAUCAAGGUUGGGUCUUGAAGCACGUGCAUGGAUUCUUCCUCUUUUCUUCUUUUCUCGCUCCAUCCCCCAUAAAUUGUUCAAUAACGGGACAGAGUUGUAUUCUGGACAUGACGGUCUGACAACACUCGAAUGUAAAGUCGAGGAGCAUACGUCCA